AUGAUGAACCGCGCCAAGUUGUUGCAACGUGCUGCUAAGGUGGGCGCCGGAGCUCUAUUGGGCGGAUCGGUGCUUACUGGUGUCACAGCCUUCAGCAGCGAUCAGAUUGAGGCGCUGCAUUACGGUUUUGAUCACCAGGGCCCGCUGUCCUCGUUUGACUACGCCAGUGUACGUCGCGGCUACCAAGUGUACCGCGAGGUUUGCGCGUCAUGCCACAGUUUGGACCGCAUCUGUUUUCGUAACUUGGUGGGCGUGACUCACACGGAGGAGGAGCUAAAGGAGAUUGCGGCCGAUAUAGAUGUCACUGAUGGACCUAACGACCAAGGUGAAAUGUUUGACCGCCCCGGCAAACUUUCGGACCCGCUUCCCCGGCCGUACCCUAAUGAUGAGGCAGCCGCUGCUGCCAAUAAUGGUGCCAUUCCGCCGGAUCUUUCAUUGAUGGUCAAGGCUCGUCACGCUGGCGCCGACUAUCUUUUCGCAUUGCUUACGGGUUAUGUAGACCCGCCUGAAGGAAUGGAGCUACUGGAUGGCCUCUACUACAACCCAUAUUUUGGAGGUGGUGCUAUCGCCAUGGAGCGUCAGUUGCAGGACGGCCAGAUCGAGUACGAAGACGGCACGCCGUCUACGACGUCGCAGAUGGCGAAAGAUGUGUCGGUUUUCCUUGCAUGGGCCUCUGAGCCGGAGCACGACGUGCGAAAGAAACAGGGCAUGCAGAUAACUGUGGCCUUGGCGGCAUUGUGUGCGCUGACGGGUUACUACAAGCGCCUCAAAUGGGCGCCGCUGAAGACCCGUAAAAUUACCUACACCAAGUAA